ACCGUCUUUUAGUGACUGCGACAGUGCAUUUUCCCGCCUGCAGCAAGAGAGGGAAGAAGCAAGCGGAUGAGUUCAUCACCGCCACGUGACUAUGACAGCGACGGCCACCAGGACGACGACAGCACGCAGCCGACACCAGACGAAAGAGGUGCCGGAACGCAGAGCAAGACGAAGAAGCGGGGCUACCGGAAGGCAUUGCACGCAGUCCGCAAAGUAAUACGGCUACUAACCUUAUCGCGGUGGUGGCCAAGGCCUGUCGACUGACUCAAUUGGUGCUACAAUUGUCAGGAGGAGAUCGAUCGACUGCGCGUCGAGAUGGCGCAGCUGAAGCGGCAGAUGCUGGAGCUGCAGCAGCGUGCAAUCGCCCCCAAGCGUGGCGCCGAGGACAAGGAAUUGUAUACAAACGUGCUGCACAACGUCGCCAAGAGGCAGCAGAAGGCCUUCGUGGACAUCCAGGCGGCCAUGACUGGCUACGCGGCCAGCGCGACUCAGUCCGGGAGUCCUAUCCAGCGGACGCUCGUCUUGCCCCGAGACGAAGCGUCUCGACGGAAUACGCUGCGCUCGAUGAAGGCCUUGAAGCUGCAGGACGCGCGCAACUUCUUGAGUCGGAGACUGUCGCACCUCAACCCGCUCAAUGCCAUGUCCGAGGAGCAUCGGUUCGAGAAUGACGACGGCGAUUACUGGGCCGUCCGCCUGGUGGUGUCCCAGUUUGAGUCGGCUCAGAGCACCAAGCAGGUGUUCGAUCUGGUCGUGUACUACCUGUCCAACAGCGAGAUCAGCAUCUCGGAGAAGGUGGGGCACCUCACAGUCCGAGAAGAUGACGAUAAUGGCGAGGCGGGCAUCAUGCAGCACUACUUGUCGUCCUUGACGGGCAAAGGCGUCCGAAUGGAAUCCAACACCGUCAUUUUCCACGAGUAUUAUGAAGCUGGGCCUGAUAACCCCCAGAAUUCCUACGGACUGAUCGUCUCCGAGUUCGUGGACGAAGACGAGCGACAUCCGUAUCGCUCGAGUGAACGAGUUCGCAAGGAUGUGAACGCCGUGAUGGAGGAGAAGGUGGUGGUGCUCACGCAAUGGUCUCACUCUCGUCUACGCCGGCCCAGUUUCUCCGUGCGAAAGGAUGGAUGGCACGAGCUGCGUGAAAACAUGGAUCGCUGGAGCCAAAAUAUGCACAAGAACAUCAUGGAGACGCUGGAGCCUGCGAUCCAAGGCCGUCUGUACUGA